UGAGCCCGCGUAGCGCACCGGGCUCCCGCCACCAGUUUUGUUCUGAAUUCACAAUUUCUCCUGGCCCUCAGAGCAAAUUAAAAUUUUUUUUUAUUUCUAUUUUUUGGGGGAAUGGAGGAGUUAGAGAAAGAGGAUAAAAAAGACUUCGAGUGCGAGGCGGAGAUGGAGGAAGGUGCCCAGGCCCCAGACUGGGACAGUGAUGAAACGGUGAUCGAGGCAUCAGUGACGGAGAGCGACGAGGAAGAAGAGUUGCCCUGGAGAAGGUUGAUCUUUAAUCAAGACACAUCUCUUAGAUCUAAGUUCAGUCUCCAUCCUGCUAUAAGUAGAACAUGCAAAGGCACACCUCCAGAGAUUCAACUUGGAUUCAAACUUGGAGAGGAUCCACAAGAGCAAAUGAAUAAAAAUCAGAUGAUGCCUAUUCCUAGUGAGGGUGCAGUCUUACAGCAACCUCAAGAUGAAAUGGAACAAAUUGAAGCUCCGUUACAGAUUAGAAAAACUUUUCCGGUGUUCACUGUGUCAUUUCCCCAGGCUGAACUUUCACUGAACCACCAGAGCAUUCAAGGACCUGAGGCUGAAGAUCCUAAAGUGCUAACACACCCAGAAAAGGAACUAAGUAGAGACAGAGACUCUCCUGAAAUAAGCCUUCUCUCAAGUACUACUGUUAAAGAAUUUGAUACAUUUGCUGUAAAGGAGAACUUGUUAAUAGAGCCAGAGAAGGAGCCUAGCAAGGAAGUCACAUUGACCAUGACUUCUGAAGAAACCAAAGAUGAAGAAAGCUCUCUUGAAACUUUUGUGUCUGCCUUAGAAAAGUUACUGACAUCACCAGAAAUCACCCAGGAGGAAAGACCGAUUAGAAUAAUGACUGAUUUUCAACAUAGAGAGUUGAUGAACCCAUUGAGCAGUUCCUCGAGUUCCAUAUCAAUACCUUUGACAUGUCACAAAGAUUUACUAGAAAACUCAAAGGAUGAUGCAUUGCCAGCUGAGUCGUUAGCAGCCUUAAGCACGUUGUCAGAAGCCAAGGUGGAACCCAUCUGUCACAGAAAAGAGGGAGAUACCAGUCUCAGUGCUGGAAAUGAAUGUUUAGGAGUAGAGCCCAAUAUGUCUCAGACUGAUGAAGAUUGUACACAAAUAGCAGAGAGUCUAGAAGACCCAAAUCCAUUUGGAUUGCAAACUUUGGUUCAUCAAAAUGUCACCUCUUGUGAUCCACUAAAUAAUAAGGGAAAUUCAAAGCCGGUGGGAAAUAGCUCUGACCAGGACACUCCAUGUGUGUUAAGGAGAUCAUCCAGACUGAAAGUAGGCAGAGAUGCAAAGCCCACAGAUGACAUAUAUAAGAUGCCAGAAAAGAUUUUACCCAAAAUACUUGGCUGUGAGGAUCAAACAAAUAAUAACUCUUCAACUGAGAAUUUCAGAAUGCAGAAUCCUGCUUUAAGGAUUGAAGGUAAAGGGAAGACUAUGCAUUCAUCCAGACUCAAGAGUGGAGAACAGAUCAGGAAAAACAGAAAACUUGCAGGGAAAAAUGAAAAAAUGAAGAUGAAUAAAGUAUCUCGUUGUACCAUUAACCGUAGAAACAUCUUUGGAGAGAACUUAUUGUAUAAAGCUGCUCUGCACAAUGACGCUGAUCUUGUUCAUCAUUAUGUGAAGAAAGGUGGAAAUGUUAAUCAACCAAGUUAUGCUGGUUGGACAGCACUUCAUGAAGCUAGUGUAGGAGGAUUUUAUCAGACAGCAAGUGAACUAUUAAAGGGUGGAGCAGAUGUAAAUAUCAGAGGAAUGUACCAGAUCACUCCCCUACAUGAUGCUGUGAUGAAUGGACAUUAUAAGGUGGCACAGUUACUUCUUUUGAAUGGAGCAGAUCCUUUAUUUAGAAAUGACAGUGGAAAGUGUGCUUUGGAUGAAGCCAAAGACUCAUGUAUGAAGCGUCUCCUUGAGAGAUACGUUCCUAAACAUCAAAAACAUCUUAUAUCAGCGCAGACAAAUAGCACUGACCCUUCAGACUUAGAGGAUGAACACCACAAGAAACCAAAAUUCAGUUCUAAAAAUCACAGUGGGUUUGUUUGUGAUGAAAAUUCGAAGAGACAGAAGCCAGAACAUGCAAAAGACAAUAAAGGAAGCAAAGUGGGUUUAUUUAUAAAUGAAGAUGUAUAUGAACAUUUCCAAAAAGAUUCCCAAAACAUGAAAUUUGGUAAAUCCAAGCAUACACGGUCAACUCUUAACCAAAUAUACUGGACAGGACUCAGAAAGGACAAUCUCCAUGGUGUUGAGGAUCCCAGCACAAAUGUGUCUAAAGAUAAAGGAAGAAGAAAUACACGACAUAAAAGGACUCAAGUGGAUGAUGCAAUCCAAGAAAGCAAUCCAAGAAAGACAAUAGCUGUCUCUUCUUCCAGAAAAAUAAACAGAUUGAUUACUUGUCAACAACAUACUCUCCAAACCCUUGAUGACCUUCCAGAAAAGUCAUGUAAACCUUUUAGCCCAUCUCUGUCAGGCCUGAAAAAUGGUUUAAGUAACGAUGUUGAGACUUGUUCAUUUCCCAAAGAGACACAUACCCAAAGCCUGGAUUUAUCAGAUAGACAAGAAAUAAAAUUUUUGGAAUUAGAAUCCACUGACCAAGCUGAAGCCGUUUCUUUCUCAGGACUUUCUUUACAUAAAGAAACCGAGUUACCACUUGUUACUACAGAUCAGCAGCCUCAUACUCACCAAGAACAGCAGCACAUUAGCCCUUAUAAAUCUCAUGAAAACAGUAACUCAGUUCAAAAAGAUGAGAGCCCUAAUAAGUGGGAAAACUUUUCCCCAUCCUUUAUAAAGGAAAAUUUUAAUAAUGAUGAUGAUGGUGAUUCCUGUGCUCCUGAGAAGACUGUAACACUUAAAAAGGUGAUAAGUUCUUCAGGUUGCAAAAACCACGAUAAUUAUAAAGAGAAUAAAACAAAUAGAGAAGAAAUGGAUUUUCAACAAUUUUUACCUUCUCAAGACCAUUUUUCACAGGAAAAUGAGUUAAUAAAAGCAGGCAGCCUAACCAUAUUUCCACAACAGAAAGCUGUUAGGUUUUCUAAUUCAGAUAAUAUAAUAGUUUCUGAACAUGUUUCAAAUUAUGAACAAUGUACAUGUGGCACUUCUUUUGAUCACUCACAUGGCAGUCCUGAACAUACUUCACUUGCUUGUACAAGAACACUCUCAACACAUGAAGUUUCAAAGUUGACUAGUCAUGUGGAACUAUUCGAGAGGCCUCAGGAUUGUAGCCCCAGAAUACCAACUCCUUUAAUGAAUCAAACGGAUACACAUAUUGUGGAAAAGGUGAAUAAGGAAGGAGACACUAAAAGGAAUUACACUGACAAAGGCCAAAAACCAAGUUCUUCAAAUAGGCCUUUAUCCAGAGUUGUUCAUUCUCAAGUAACAGAAACAACUAAAGUUGAAAAAAGGAGACAAGAGAGCAAAACUAUACAUAGUAUAGGCUUUCAGUCCACUGACAAUAUCAAUAAAGAAUUGACUGUCUCACAGCUUAGUCAAAGAGAAGAGAAGGAAAUUUCUCACAAACCAGGUGAGGAAUUAACUAAUAAUGUCAAUGGAGAUGAAAACACUAUAAGAAAUUGUGAGGAGAAGAAAGAAAAAACAGAUUCAGAAAUUCACAUGCCUACUAACUUCCAGGAACACAAAAAAGUUCGGAAUUUCAGAAAAAGGCAAAAUUUCUUGAAAGCUACCUGCAGCCAAGAAAUGAAAACAGCUGGGAUCAGUAAGAGGAAUGCCAGAGGAGAAAGCCGGCUUCAUUUGGCUGCCAGAAGAGGAAACUUGUCUCUGGUGAAAGCUCUGAUAGAAUCUGGAGCAGAUGUGAAUCUAAAAGAUAACACAGGUUGGACACCACUUCAUGAGGCAGCUAGUACGGGAUGUAAUGAUAUAAUUGUAGAGUUGUUAAAAGCUAGUGCUAAUGUUAAUUGUGAAAACGUAGAUGGAAUUCUGCCCUUACAUGAUGCUGUUGCAAACAACCAUUUAAAGGCAGCUGAGAUUCUACUACAACAUGGAGCAAACCCUAAUCAAAAGGAUCAAAAGCAGAAGACUGCUUUGGAUGAAGCAGAUGAUAAAAAUAUGAAAGAGCUGCUAAAAUCUUAUGGUGCUAUUGAGACUGACAAUAGAGAUGAGAGUAAUGCUGUAGUCACUGUAACAAUUCCUGCUAUCCAGGCAAAAAGACCUAAACAGUGUUUUUGUGAUGACUGCAAAACUGUUGAUACACAUUCUAUUUCACACCAAGAAAAAACAAAAGAAAACCUUGCCAUGCAUCAGACCAUCAGUGCCAUUCUACAAGAUUUAGAAGAAAAACAAGAAAAUUUGUUAGCGUUUGAAAUAAGAACCCCUGAAGAUGCAGAACAAUACACUGAUAAGAUGUUAGAGAUAAAGGAGGUUAUGAACAACGUGCUUGCCAAACAGAAGGCAGAAAGGGAUGAUUUAGCUAAAAAAUACAGGGUGUCCAUAGAGUCAUUUAAGCAUGGAGUCCUUAGAGAACAACUAGCUAACUUGGCCACAAGGCAGAAGAGCCUUUUACUUGUAGCAAAAAAACAGAAAAAAAUAAGCCAGAAAAUUCAGAACUAUAAGAAUGUUACAUCUUUGUCUGGUCUUAGUUUCAAGAAGCUGCCAUUGAGCUCAGAAAUCUCUAAUGAAAAGGACAGCCAAGAGUUUACUAGUCUGGAAAAUUCAGUACAGCCCCAGUCAUGUUCAGUUUCUCCUGUCAACCUUGUUUGUGGAAGCAUGCAGGAAACACAGUUGUCUUGGGAAAUCUGGCAUGACAACCAAAAUACCAACACUUGUCUAAAUUCAAAGACAGUGAGAAGGGAAGAAUUUUCUGGAAAUGAACUGAGUUCUAAACAAAGUGUCAGUGACUGUACCUUAGAUAGAUUAUCAAAAUCCAGACUUUCAGAUGGCACUAAGAAGAUUAAAUUACAAUCCCAACCUAUUUCUUUUAUUGCUCAAGCGGAAUAUUCACAAAAAGAAAAUGAUCUUACAGAUACUACAGCCAAAGGGCAUGAGUCCUUUAAUCGUUCAGCAGUAACUGGCACAUUAAAGAUUUCAGAAACCGCAAGUGUAUUUGCCCACAAUGAUGCCAAUCCAUCAACUGUUAUUUGUGAUCAGGCUCUUUCCAAUUGUGAUCCAAAAAAAGGAAACAGGAAAACAGCUUCCCAGCAACCACAUAGGGGGACAUCAGAAUCCCUGGUACAUCAAGGGAUUGAUGUCUUUGGCAGUAAUACAGGGCAUCAGGUGAAACCUUAUCUUAGAAAAUCAGCUCUUGCUGUUCCACAUGCAAAUGAUAGUCAGAGCUCCUCCUCUGGGUCUGGCCGUCAACAUACUGUAAAAAAUCCUUCAAAAUACAGCACAACUCCUAAAAAAUGCAUGCAGAUAAAGGAUCUGAUAUUGCUAGGAAGAAUUAAUCCGGGAAAUAAUAUUCUGGAAUUCAAAACACAGGAGACUACCCAUAAAGCCAGUGUUUUAUUGAAUGGCAAAAUUAAGGUAGAAAAUGGUCAGAUUUAUCAAAACCCAGUCAUCUGGCUCAAGGAUCUUCUAGGAGAUGACAGUUAUGUGACCUGGAAUUAUGCUUGGAGUAAGGUAACAUACCAGGGGAAGGAACUUUUAAAGUAUAUUUCUGAGGAAUUACCCUUGCUUCCAGACCCAAACUUGGUACCUCAGCAACAUCAACCUUGUCUUCCAGACAUGCCUUGUUUAGAUGACCUAGUACAGGAACCAAGCAAAUAACUGUUGGGAAAAAUGAAAUUUGGACAAGGAAUUUCCAAAGGGUCAAAGCAAAGCAUCCCACAUUAUCUUCAAAUAAAUGAAAUACUGUUAAUCAGUGAUCAAGAAUUUCUCCCAUGCCAUAUAAUGGAUGAGCACUGGAAGUUCUAUGUGGAAUGUGAGGAGCUAACAUUCUAACGCCUUGUUUUGUUAAUAAUUUAUUACGUAUUUGUUCAUAUUAUUAACC